AUGAUGUACACGGUGGACGAAUCCAGACUAAAGGCCACGUCGUCAUUCGCCAGCGAUGCAACCGUUCACAAGGGAGGCAAUGGGUCAUCUCCAUCACCACUCUCACAAAAACCGUCCUUUCCACCCUCGUACGACGACGACGACGACAAAUCAGUAACCAUAGCACCACCGCCAAGGAGCGCUGCUGUCAAAGAAAAGCUGCGCAAAGCCAAAGCAUAUUCGCUUGUCAUGCUGAAAAAGUACUGGUUCCUGGUCGGCCUGGCCUUUGUCAUCUGCCUAGGCUACGCAUGUCCAGACAUUGCCAGAAAGGGCGGCUACAUUCGCGCCGAAUAUUCUAUCAAGUGGGGUGCCGUCAUUAUCAUCUUCAUCAUCUCCGGCCUGUCGCUCCGCACACGCAUCCUCACCCAAACCUUCAUGCGCGUCCGACUGCAUCUACUCAUCCAGAUCAUAAACCUCGUCAUCAUUCCCUUUUUCGUCUUUGGCCUGGUCCUUCUGCUCUUCAAGCUGCGUGUCCCAAUGAACUCGCUCGUGCUCAUGGGCGUCGUCAUUGCUGCCAGCACCCCCACCACCGUGUCCUCCAACGUCGUCAUGACCAAGAACGCAAAGGGCAAUGAAGCGACAGCAUUGAUGAACGCUGCUGUGGGCAAUGUGCUUGGCAUCUUCAUCUCGCCUGCCCUCGUCGACACUUUCCAAGAGCCCCUGAUUGAAGCAACGCCUGAGAACGAAUCCGCACAAGCCGGCGGCCGUGUUGACUUUGUUUCUGUGCUCAAGCAGCUCGGCAUUACCGUACUGAUCCCGCUGGUCGUGGGCCAAUUGAUCCAGAUUGCAUUUACUGAAAAAGUAGCCAAGAUCAAGGUGAAAUGGCGGCUGUCGGACGUCAGCAGUGUUGCAUUGCUGACCAUGGUCUGGUCGGUCUUUUCAGACGCCUUCCACUCUGGGUCGUUCAACUCUGUGGGCGCAACAGACAUUAUUGCGGUCGUGAUCAUGAACUUUGGCUUUUACAUUCUGUUUUCGCUGCUGUCCUUGUUCUUGGCCUACAUUCCGUUCCCUUCGUCGCUCAAGGAGCCCAGCUGGGUCAAACGUCUGCGCUACUCGCGUGAAGACACGGUCGCUGUCAUGUACUGCGGUGCAACCAAGACGGUUGCCAUGGGUGUCCCGCUGAUCAAUGUGCUGUAUGAGAACGGCGAUCCAGGUACCAUAGGCGUUCUGUCGACCCCCCUGCUGCUGUACCACGUCGAGCAGCUCAUCCUCGGUAACAUUGAAGUCGACAUUCUGAAAAACUGGGUCCUGCGCGGCAAGGAGAAAGAUGCAAAGGCGAUUCCGCCUUCCCGUGAUGAAGAAGACCAAUCGCAUGGCGGCGGCAACCACAAUACCGACAGCCAAGACGACAGUGCCUUCAAUGGCGGCAACACCAAUACGAAUGUGGACGACGAUGACGACGAUCUUGCCAACCAAAAGCUGGCAAAGGAGAUUGCUCCUAUUGAAAAGGCGUACAUGAAGCCUGAUGUGCCGUCGGUGCCUGCUGCUGUUGACAGCAAGUCCGACUACAAUAGCAAGCUGGGCAUGGACAACAUACCCCUCGACGACGAGAAGCUCGCAUCAGAAACGAUGAUUGGCAAGACCUCGUCCCAUGUCUCGUCUAUGGGCGUCGCCAACAACGAAGAGCACGAGCACCAGCACCAGCAGCACUAUCAUCGAAACAACCAUAAUAGUAGCACCGGCAACAACAACGAUGCAGACGACAUAUACAACAUGCCAUUGUUCACGUCAGACACGGCAAGUAUUUCGCUGGACACUUCACGCUUUUCAUCAGACACACUGUCGUCUCGACGAAUGUCUUCUACAGUGAGAAACUCUACUUCACAUCACCGCAGUGAUGAUCAUUGA